AGGAACAGGUCGUUGUUGUGAUUUAUUUGCUAAAGCAUUUCGUCUUUACAAUGAAUAUCGACAAAAACUUGAACUUACCGAUGAUACAACACAUUUGGAUCCGAGUACUGUAUUACGACGUUAUGAUGAAUUAAAAAGUAAACUUCGUGAAGAACUUAAACAUGAACUUCGUGGUAUUAGUGGUGCAAAUGAUUCAGCACAUGCUCAUACUACUAAAGCACCACGUCUAAGUACAGCAACAACUACAAAAGAUCAUAGGCCUGCUGCAGUCGAUACAACUGAUUAUUUUGAAUUAGUUUAUGAAUGUAUUGAUACACGUACGAAUUUUCUAAAUAUUGUUAGUCUUACUUCACGAAGUCCAGUUGAACCUGAUAUUGAUUUAGCUAUAUUACAAGCAUUAUUAAAUGCUACAUCAGCUCAUGAUUCAAGUAAAACAAAUAAUCAACGAAAACGUGAACAAUUUCAUUUAGCAUUAGAAUGGAAUCGUGUUGAUAUUGCAAAAAAUUAUAUUAUGAAUAAUGAACGAGAUUGGGAAAAAAUUAAUUUAAAUGAUAUGUUUGAAUUAGCAUUGAGUCGUAAUCAAACAGAAUUUGUUAAAUUAUUUCUUGAUCAUGAUUUUUCAUUAACUGAUGUUUUUCGUAAUAAUGGUAAACUCCCACUACUUUAUACGAAUACAAUGGACGAGCAUUAUUUUACUUCUACUUCUGUUGAUUCAUUACAAACAAUCUAUGAAGAAAUAAUUCAACCAUUAAUAGGCGAUUUUUUCGAAGUCGAAGCUGUUUUACAUCCAAAGCGACAUGUUUCACUUAGUCGAGCGAAUUCUCAAAAUGAAAAAGAAGCAUGUUCAUGUUUUACAGCACCACGAUCGGAUCGAGCUGUUUAUGUGGAACCAAUUGUUGAUAAUCCAGAAGCAUCAACAUCGUCGUCGUCGUCGUCCGGGAUUCAUAUGGAUAUUGAUAGAGAACUUUUUCUUUGGUCUGUGAUAACUGGUAGACGUGAAUUCAAUCUAUUAUUUUGGGCUCGUGGAAAAAAUAAAAUUUGUGCUGCUUUAAUUGCUACAUUAAUAUAUCGAAAACGUGCUCGUAAAACAAAUGAUAAUAGUUAUCAUCAAACAGCUGAUGAAUUUGAAAGUUUAGCUGUACAAAUACUUGAUAGAUUUUAUCAAACAAAUACUCGUGCUUGUACAAAAGCUAUUAUUCGAAAAAUACCAGCUUAUGGUAAUGUAACAUGGUUAGAAUUAGCUAUAACAGCUGAAGCUAAACAAUUUAUUGCACAACGUGCUGUACAAGAUGUACUUAAUAAUAUAUGGUUUGGAUAUAUUGAUCAACGAGAAACUCAUAAUUCAAUUAUCUUUUCAUCAAUUAUGAUAUGGUAUAGUGGUACUCUUCGUUAUCAUGAUGAAUUAGUUAAAACAAAUGAACAAACAUCAUAUCUUAAUGAUACAUCUCGGAAAACAAAUUUAUUACAGAAACAUCAAACAAAACACGGAAAACCUUUAACAGAAAGGACAUCAGAUAGUAUUAAUAUGAGAUUAAUGCAUGGUGUUAACGAGAUCGACGAUAUUCCUGUUACAUUCGUUGAUGUUGGCUCUUAUGAAAAAACUAGAACUCACAUAUUACGAUAUUUUGGAAAUAUUCUAAGAUUUAUACGUGCACCAAUUGUUAAAUAUUUAUAUAGUUUAUAUUUUCAUGUGGCCUUUUUAUUACUUUUCUCCUAUGUGAUAUUGUGCGAUUUUUAUCCUCUCUACGAAUUUAAAUCGGAUAUUUGUGCACCAGCUAAUCAACUCGAAAGAUUAAAAAAUAUGAAUGUUAAUGAAUCGACUACAAAUCAACAAUCAGUAUCAAGUGAACUUCAAAAACGUAAUCGACCAUCUGUUACAGAAAUAAUACUUGCUGGUUGGAUUUUUACACUAUUAUGUGAAGAAAUUCGACAAUUCUUUUCAUUGGAAGCACGAACAAUUCGUAAUGCUAUUACAGCCUAUUUUGAAGUCUUUUGGAAUAGAUUAGAUAUGUUGGCUAUAGUACUUUUUUUUAUUGGUUUUACGCUUCGAUUUAUUCCAACAACAGAAUGUUUUUGUGCAGCUCGUAUUGUUUUAUCAGUUGAUUUAACGCUUUGGUUCAUACGUUCAUUAGACUUUUUUGCAGCUGUUAAACGACUUGGUCCAAAACUUGUUAUGAUUGGAGAAAUGGCACACGAUCUGAAAUUUUUUAUGUUAAUGUUAACUGUAUUCAUUUUGGGUUUUGGUGUAUCAUCUUAUAGUCUUAUAUAUGGUGCACAAGAGUUUACUUGGCAUCUACCUCGUGAUAUUAUAAAUCUUGCUUAUUGGCAAAUAUUCGGAGAACUAAAUGCAUUAGAUACUUUUGAACAUAAUUACAGUCCAAAUGGUUAUGCAGUAUUUAUUUUACUUGUUAUUUAUAUGGCCAUUGUCAGUAUACUAUUGGUUAAUUUACUUAUUGCAAUGUUUAGUAAUACUUUUGAUCGACUUCAAAAUGAUACGGAUCGAAUUUGGAAAUUUCAACGAUAUUCAUUAAUAUGUGAAUAUUUAUCUCGACCAUCCUUACCACCACCAUUUAUUAUAUUUUGUCAUCUAUGGCGAUUUAUAUUAUAUGCUGUAUCACCUUGUCUUAAAUCAUCAUGGCUUAAAGCUACAUAUGCUCAACAUACGAAUCGAACUAAAUAUAAAGUUCUUCUUGAUGAAAAAUCUGCAAGUAAUAUUGAAAUAGCUGAAGAUGCACUUGGUGAUGAAGUUUAUUAUAAUUAUUCGAAAGUUGGUAGAAAAUUAGUUGAUGAUAACGAUCUUGAUGAAGAACGAAUACAAUCUCCACAAGAAAAUAUAGUAAAUAAACUUCGAGUACUUGAAAAUCGAACACAUCUUUUAACUACUCAACAAGCUCAAAUGUUUGAAUAUCUUGAAUGUUUAAUGGAAGGUUUAAGAUCAUUAGGUGGUGAACGUAUUCGAAUGCCAGAACGACGUCGUUUCGAUUUUGAUGAUUCAUUUGACGAACUAACUACUGCUAGUGAUCAAGCAAGACGAUAUUUUCGACGAGAUUCAGUUAUAGAUGAUGUUCGUCGUCAAUCAACUGCUAGUCCUGAAGAAGUACAAACACCAAUAAUAAAUUUUUUUUCAUCACGUCGAAAGUAA